AUGUCAGUCGCCUCCGCGUUAAAGGGCGACACCGCCCAGCAAGCCCGUUCUCUUUACCGCCAACUCCUCCGGCAAGGCCAACAAUUCUCCGCCUACAACUUCCGAGAAUACGCGAAGCGCCGAACGAGAGACGCUUUCCGCGAGAACAUGACGGUGAAGGACCCUGAGCAGAUCACCCAGCUUCUGAGCAAGGGACGACAAGAACUCGAGGUCGUCAAGAGGCAGACGGUCAUCAGCCAGUUUUACAAAUUCGAUCCGCUUGUCUUGGAGAAUUCUGCUGGGAAGGUGGCUAAGAGGGCGGAAGCCUAA